CCCGGAACACCAGCCCCCGAUCCCAGGUCCCUCCAGGUCCAGGGUCCACCCAGCGGACAUGUUCGGAUUCAUUUUAGUCGCGUCGGCUCUAGCCGCGACGGCGACGACGACGGCCUCUCACCUGUCCUCCUUCGGCGGCCACGGCCUCGGCGUCCAUCCCAAGCUGAUAUCGCAGUCCGUUCACCUGCACGAGGUUCCCACCAAGAUCAUCAAGGUCACCAGGACGGUCGCCGUCAAGGUGCCGGUGCCGUACCCAGUCAAGGUGCCGCACCACAUUCCGGUCCCGGUGCCGGUCAACCACCCGGUGGCGGUGCCGGUGCCGCAGAUAAUCAAGGUGCCCCACCACGUGCCGGUGGAGGUGUCCAAAUCGGUGCCGGUGGAGCUGCACCAGGACGUGCCGUUGUUGAUCCCGAAGCCAGUGGCGAUCCCGCACCCCGUGCCCGUGCCGCAGCCCGUGGCGAUCAGCAAGCCGGUCUACUACCCGGUCCCGCACCCGAUCCCGUACCCGAGGCACACCGGAGAGGAGGGCGAGGGCGGCGGUUUCUCGUCCGACAGCGAGGAGGUCGGCCACGAAGGGCACGAGACCAGGUCGUACGGCGUCUACGCGGUCGGGGCCGGUCACCCCGGCUACCCCGACCAAUCCGGCCACUCCGGCUACCCUGGCCACCCCGGGUUUCGAGCCUCCCAGCCCGAUUACGCGGCCGAGCCCUGA